CCGCCCCUCCCCGGGCUAGCGGAGCCCUGUGGACUCUGCCCGGCGGCGCCCGGGUGCUGUGGGGCUCCGGAGUCGCUAGGAUCCCGGGUCAUGGCGGUCCCUGGGCCCGCGCCCGGAGCAGGCGCUAGGCCUAGACUAGAUCUGCAAUUUCUCCAGCGGUUCCUGAGAAUACAGAAGGUUUUGUUUCCUUCUUGGCCAUCACAGAAUGUCUUGAUGUUCCUGACUCUCUUGUGUGUGACCCUACUGGAACAACUGGUGAUCUACCAGGUUGGAGUGAUCCCCAGUCAGUACUACAGGGUCCUGGGAAACAAAGACUUGGAUGGGUUUAAGGCGCUGACAUUCCUGGCUGUUGUGUUCAUCGUUCUCAACUCCAUACUGAAGAGCUUUGACCAGUUCACCUGCAACCUGCUGUAUGUGAGCUGGAGGAAGGACCUCACUGAGCACCUGCACCGCCUCUACUUUCGGGCCCGUGUGUACUACACCCUCAAUGUGCUUCAGGAUGACAUCGAUAAUCCGGAUCAGCGUAUCAGCCAGGAUGUGGAGCGAUUCUGCCGGCAGCUCAGCAGCAUGGCAAGCAAGCUGAUUGUCUCCCCCUUCACCCUCAUCUACUACACAUACCAGUGCUUCCAAAGCACAGGCUGGCUUGGGCCAGUGAGCAUCUUCGGGUAUUUCAUCCUGGGAACCAUGGUGAACAAAACCCUGAUGGGACCCAUUGUGGCGAAGCUGGUGCAGCAGGAGAAGCUGGAGGGGGACUUUAGGUUCAAGCACAUGCAGAUUCGGGUGAAUGCUGAGCCUGCUGCUUUCUACAGAGCCGGGCACGUGGAGCACAUGAGGACAGACCGCAGGCUGCAGAGACUCCUGCAGACCCAGAGGGAGCUGAUGUCCAAGGAACUCUGGCUAUACAUUGGUGUCAACACCUUUGACUAUCUGGGCAGCAUCCUGAGUUACGUUGUCAUUGCAAUCCCCAUCUUCAGCGGGGUCUAUGGAGACCUGAGCCCCACAGAGCUCAGCACCCUGGUCAGCAAGAAUGCCUUUGUGUGCAUGUACCUCAUCAACUGCUUCACCCGCCUCAUCGACCUCUCCACCACAUUCUCAGAUGUGGCUGGUUACACACACCGGAUCGGGGAGCUUCAGGAGGCCCUGCUGGACAUGUCUCAGAAGUCACAGGACUGCGAGACCCUGAGCAAGACCGAGUGGGGCUUGGACAAGGCCUGUGGGUGGCCAGCAGCAGAGCCAGCAGACACAGCUUUCCUCCUUGAACGGGUCUCCAUCUCUGCCCCCUCCUCUGACAAGCCCCUAGUCAAGGACCUGAGCCUGAAGAUCUGCGAGGGGCAGAGCCUGCUGAUCAUGGGCAACACGGGCACUGGCAAGACUUCCUUGCUGCGAGUUCUGGGCGGCCUGUGGGCCAGCAUGAGGGGCUCCGUGCAGAUGCUGACUGACUUCGGGCCCCACGGAGUGCUGUUCCUGCCUCAGAGGCCCUUCUUCACUGACGGAACACUUCGGGAGCAGGUAAUAUAUCCCCUGAAGGAGAUCUACCCUGACUCAGGUUCUACGGAUGACGAGAGGAUCAUGAGGUUCUUGGAGCUGACAGGCCUGUCCAGCUUGGUGGCAAGGACAGAGGGGCUGGACCAGCAGGUGGAUUGGAACUGGUAUGAUGUCCUGUCCCCAGGGGAGAUGCAGAGACUUUCCUUUGCACGGCUCUUCUACCUGCAGCCAAAAUAUGCAGUGCUGGAUGAAGCUACCAGCGCCCUGACAGAGGAGGUGGAGAGCGAGCUCUACCGAAUCGGCCAGCAGCUGGGGAUGACAUUCAUCAGCGUGGGACAUCGACCCAACCUGGAGAAGUUUCACUCCUGGGUUCUGAAACUCCAUGGAGGAGGAAGAUGGGAACUGACUAGAAUCAAAGUGGAAUGAAGCCAAAGGCGUGGAAGGACACCAGAGGAGAGCCAAGCUCCGGGCAGACCACAGUCCCCAGGGGAGACCAGGAGGAGCCCAGGUUUGCCUCAGGUCCUGUGCCGGAGCCCUGGCAGCAGCUGGCACAGCCCAGGGCAGCCCCACAGGGGACCCUGAAGUCUGUCUCCACAGGGCUGCUUCUGCGGUGCCAGCGAGGGCUCUGCCGGAAGUGCUGAUGGCUUAAAAAUGAAUUCAGAUCAUGAUGGCUGAGAAAUAUCCAAGUGCAGGAGCUGUAAGACCUGCGAGUUCAAGCUGGCUGGGGCAAAGACAGCCAGUUAAAUUUUAUAAUGAUAAAUUCUUAACUUUCACUAACUGGCCAUUUAAAUUUUUAACUUUUUU